AGGAGCGGUUUUAAUCUUCAUCACUGCUCUGGAUUAUUUCAUCAGGAUUAUUUCAGACGCUUUGUACAAUAGAACGAGUACGAGUGAAUAUUGAAACACAAAGGAAGAAUAUUCCCCUGUGACACAUCAAACAUCACACAAGAUCUUCUGCAGUAAUAUCCAUCAAAUGAUUAAGAUCACUGCUGUGAUGGGAUUUUCCUUUGGGCUGCUUUCUACAACGAGUUCUGUUGAAUAGCUUUCAUACAAACAGUCAGUGGCCCAAAGAGUCAAGACCAGACUGCCUUAAAGCCCAGGAAUAUUACUAGAACACCUGAGACCUGACAGAGACCAGUUCCAGACCACUUAAAGUUUGAUUUGAAAUGACGACAGAAACUGACAGCCAAUCAGAGCAGCAGGGAGCCAGUGCAGCUCCGCCCCAUUCGCCCCCGCCCCUCGACAACCAGCUCCCUCCUGCCGCUGCUCACAGCACACCUGUUAGAAAAGAGCAGGGUGGAGAGCGAGAGGGGGGUGGAGUCCUACAGGGAAAACCUGAUCACCAUCCGCCCGAGGACGACCGCACCUCGCACUGGUCAUCAUCCAGUAAAGUGAGUCGCUCUCCAGUGAAAGUGAGCUGGAAACCCAAAAACAUGCAGUGCAAAAUCAGUCUGCUGGACGGCUCUGAUUACACCUGUGUGGUGGAGAAGCGUGAUAAAGGGCAAGUUCUGUUUGAUAAAGUCUGUGAACAUCUCAACCUGCUGGAGAAAGAUUACUUCGGUAUCACCUUCCGUGAUGUAGAAAAUCAAAAGAACUGGUUGGAUCCGAUCAAAGACAUGAAGAAACAGAUCCGAGGAGUCACAUGGAAUUUCUCCUUCAAUGUGAAGUUUUACCCUCCUGAGCCCGCACUGCUCUCUGAAGAUAUUACACGAUAUUACCUGUGUUUACAGUUGAGGGAUGAUAUCGUAUCGGGUCGUCUGCCAUGUUCGUUCGCCACUCACACGGUUCUGGGUUCAUAUACGGUGCAGUCGGAAUUGGGCGAUCACGAUCCAGACGAGUAUGGCACAGAUUACGUCAGCGAAUUUCGUUUCGCGCCUCAUCAGACCAAAGAGAUGGAAGAGAAGAUCAUGGACCUGCACAAGAACUACAAAGGAAUGACACCAGCAGAAGCUGAAAUGCAUUUCCUGGAGAAUGUAAAGAAACUUUCAAUGUACGGAGUCGACCUCCAUCAUGCAAAGUUGAUAGGACGAUUCUUUCACUGCUUCUCUCCAGCUAAAGGAGAGGAUUCAGAGGGCGUGGAGAUCAUGUUGGGCGUGUGUUCCUCCGGCCUCCUCAUCUACCGCGACAGACUUCGCAUCAACCGCUUCGCCUGGCCCAAAGUCCUGAAGAUCUCCUACAAACGCAACAACUUCUACAUCAAGAUCCGGCCGGGCGAGUUUGAACAGUUUGAAAGCACGAUUGGCUUUAAACUACCCAAUCACAGAGCAGCCAAGAGACUGUGGAAAGUUUGUGUGGAGCACCACACCUUCUUCAGGUUGGUUUCUCCAGAAACGCCACCUAAGAAGUUCAUCACACUUGGUUCCAAGUUCCGCUACAGCGGCAGAACGCAGGCUCAGACGAGACGGGCCAGUUCUCAGAUAGUCCGUCCUGCACCGUAUUUCGAGCGAUCCUCCAGCAAACGUUACACAAUGUCUCGAAGUCUAGAUGGAGCUCAUCGGAGUUCACCCAUGAACACAGCGACAGUCAAUGGUACUAGACCAACAGAGAUGGGUACAGCAUUGUACGGCACAGCUAAAGGCAUCGCUAUGAGUGACCUCAUCACCACAGUAACACCAGAGAAGAAAGCAGAAGAGACGCGCGAGGAGGAGCGAUCCGUGCUGCGAGUGGAGAGUGUUGUCGUGGUGGAGGAAGAAGACGAGACGACGAAGGCUACUGAAGUUUCACUGCCGAGUCCACAAACACCUGCACGACAGGACACACGGACUGAUUUAACAGACACAGCUGUUGAUGGAGAAUUAACAGCCACUGAGUCGGAUCAAGAGGACGAAUCUGAAAUAAAGACGCAGCCCACUCUCAUACGGCGGAUUAAAGGAGAGAAUGUGUUUAUCAGACACAGUAAACUGAUGUUAGAGGAAAUUGAGUGUACACCGGAUGAGCUGCUCAAACAUCAGACCAACAUCAGUGAGCUGAAGAGAUCAUUCCUGGAGGGCGGCGCGGAUCGGACGGGCCUGACCGAGUGGGAGAAGCGUCUGUCCUCGUCUCCGCUACGAUCACCACGUCUGGAUGAGGCGCCAAUGAUUGAGCCGCUCGUGCCAGACGAGGAAACAGCAGUAGAGAAGACACAGGAAGUGGCCGCAGCAGGUUCGGUGGCAGCGGACAGUCUGAAGGACAUCAGAGUUGAUGUGGAGUCUGAUGGAUGGGUCAUUAUAAACAAGGUUCCUCCUUUUGAACCAGAAACAGUGUCUCCUGUCGAGCCAGAAAAGCUUCCAGAAAAAAUGGCUACUUUAGUACAGGAGAGGGUUCCUCCAAUUGUGUCAGAAAAAGGUUCUUCUAUUGUACCAGAGGAGCUUCCUCCGAAAGUACUAGAGAAAAUUCCACCUAAAGUACCAGAAAAAGUUGCUACUAUUGUUCAUGAAAAGGUUUCUCCAGUUGAACCCGAAAAGGUUCCUCCCAUCGUUCCAGAAAAAGGCUCUACUAUUGUAGCAGAUGUUCUUCCUAAGGUACCACUCAAAAUUCCUCCUAAGGUACCAGAGAAGAAACACUCAGCCAGCUACAGAUUUUUGGCAGCCACUAGCACUUCAGCCACCAGUGAUGCGUUAGAAGACCAGAAGAUCAAAGCUCAAGAAGAGAUCUCGAGUAAGUCAGCUAUUACGGCCGAGGAGGUGCGCGCCAAGGACUACACGUUCACAAGAUCUUAUGGCACUACCUCCAAUAAGAUUGUCACCAAAGGUGAUGACCUGCCAUCGCCCCAACCUGCAAAAUUCUCUGACCAACUUGUUGCCGCCACCAUUAAGGUCAUUCCUGUCACAGUUGAGUAUCCAAUCAAAGGCAUGAGCUCUGCAGAGAGCGUCAGUGCACCAGUAAUCACUGUCAAGGAGGUCAGGACACCAUCGCCCUCCGAGCCUGCGGUGGGCGUCUUGAGGACGGUCGUGGCCAUCGGCUCCAGCGAGGAAAUCGAGAAGGCCGAUAGAGCAGAGUUGCAUCUGCUAACUGACCGAAGCUCCCCAACAAUGCGAUCUCCACUUAGAUCUCCUCUCAGAUCUCAAAUCAGAUCCGCUGCAGAUCUCGGGCUGAGCCCCAGCCCGGUGUCCUAUCUCACCAAAACAUCUCCUACAGCCCGAGUGCCUAAGCCCAGUUUUGAUGAGAUGUCUCCUGAGCUCACGGCUCUCUUACAGUCCACACACAGCUGGGCGUCGUCCUCUCCGCCCGCUCAGACUUUCACCUUCCAUAAGACAUCAGAAAGUCAAGAGAAGCAUCCAGGAAAAGGCCAAUCAGAAGAGGAGGAAGAGCAGCGUGCAGACAAACCGCUGGAGCAUCCACAGGUAGAGCUACCCGAAUCUCCAGAGGUCCCCUUGCAGCCCGAUGUGUAUUAUCAAGCUCAUGUUGUUUGUGAAGAGCCGUUGAGUUCUGUUCGAGUCCUCGAUGAGUCUGAAUCAGAGUCUGAUGAUGACACCGGCGACUCCAGCAGCGUAAACUCCGCUAACUUCGACGGGCCCCUCUCGCCCUCGAGCGCGACCCCCGUAGGAGCCGUUUCACCCAGUGACAGCGAGUCUGGAGGCGAGAGUUUCUCUCUGUCCACUGACGAUGAUGACGAUCAGGGAUCAGGUGACCAGUCGCCCAAUGCCCCGUCCUCUCCCCUCAGGGCGGUGGAGCAGAGGGGUGUGGCCGAGGGUCACAGCGGGGAGGUAGAACUCACACCCAGUUUAGAGUCAGGAGUUUUGAGUUUCUCCAGAACUCUGUCAGGAGACACAGACACACAGGAGAUGCCUGUGAUCCACACUGAGAUGAAGACCAUCACAUACGAGUCUCAGCAGGGUGAAACGGAUGGAGACACUGAACCUGGAAUUCUGAUGAGCGCUCAGACGAUUACAUCAGAAACCAGCUGCACCACCACCACCACACACAUCACAAAGAUGGUGAAGGGUGGCGUCUCAGAGACCAGAAUUGAGAAGAGAAUCGUGAUCUCAGGAGAUGCAGAUAUUGACCAUGAUGAGGCUCUGGCUCAGGCUAUUAAAGAAGCGAAAGAACAACAUCCAGACAUGUCAGUGACCAAAGUCGUGGUCCAUAAAGAGACGGAGAUCACACCGGAGGAGGGCGAGGAGUGACGCAGGACUAACACCAUCUUCACGCUUUCGGGAAAAAUCUCACGUUCACGGCGUGUGAAAAUAAAGGACGCUUCUGAUAAACUGACCACGGAAACAGCAGCAUAAACGAAUGAAUCGCAGCCAACUUCAUCUGGACACGACUGGAGUAACACACACACACACACACACACACACACACACACACACACACACGCCGCACUGGAUCACUGUUACUGCAUGACAAGAAAACAAUUCUGCUUUUUCUGUGAGGAGAGAAAAUAUAUCAAAAUUUUAGGAAAUACCAUAAGUGUAUAGUUCAGCCUAUGAGCUCGCCAUAAAGGGACAUAAAAAUUGUGAAAAUAUAAACGUUACAAAUAUUUACCUUUUAUUUAUUAGAAUUUGCUCACUUUCAAUAAAGCAAAAACAUUGACUGAAUGUGCGUGCAAUAUUUAACCAUGCAAAGAUGUGCCAUCCAUGUUUCAUCUCGGAUUUACUAAUGUUGAAAAUGACACACUAAUGACAAUAUGAGAAUAUGAAUAUGCCACGCUUUUUCUCCAUAAGCCAUGUAUGUUGUUUUUACUUGAAUUCUACACCUGUUUGAUGUUUCUCAACUGUGUUACUAGUGAACGUUUAGAGGAAUUAAAGUGCUGUGAUUGGCUGAGAGCUCUUGUAAUGAGAAUGAACAUUUGUACUGGUGGCUGGUACCCUGAAAUCUCAUCGUUUCGACCAAUCCCAGAAUUCCCCUUGCCCAGAGCGUCACAUAUGAGCCUUAAACUGUACAGAAGAUCCCAGAUGUGUCUGUUUGUUUUUGUUUUUGAGUUCCAGUUCAGUUUGUCAUCUGCUGAAUGUGUUGCCCACUCAAGCUCAAAUAAAAUGUCAAUUCCA